AUGCUGCGUUCAUUGCGCGCUGGAGCCACCCUGAGUCUCCUCGCGGCCUUUCCAGAGCGAGUGGGAGGUAAAUGUCGGAGCCAUGUCGGAGAUGCCGAGUUCGCGUCCUUCGCCCUCUGCUGCCAAGCUCAGAAGCCCACCUCUCCGGAAAAGACAGAUCUCUGUGGAGGCAGCUGGGACUGCGACGGCCUGCUUCAGUGUCAGAUGGAAGAGCUUGCUUCUGCACCUUCCCUGCUUCAGGAUCGCACUCCAGGCGUAGCCGAGAUGCGAAUGUACUUUGAGCACCUCAUGGGCAUUUACCUGACAGGGGAGAUUCCCGACCCUGUCUUCCUGGAUAUCGAGCACGUCAUUCCAAGCAUCUUCCUGGCCCUAGCCAAGACGAUGCCACCUGGGUCACCUGACGUGCAGGUCUUGGAUGUGGGAGCCUUCGCAGGAUCUGUGAGCUGUGCAUGCAUCGCAUUAUGGGACGCCGUUGUCGGCACAGCAUCCGAGUGGCCGGGAGGGCCCGGCACGCCGCCCUCCGCGAAUAUCCGGGUGCUAGCGCUCGAGCCCUCACCGCUACGGUGCCGCUUGAUCAACAGCGGAGGGCGCGAGAAG